GGCAUGAAGAGGAGCCAGCAGGACGGGAAUGGGAGCUCCUGGUGAUCUGGGCACUUUCUCCUUCAUGUUACUGACCUGGGAGGAUCCACUUUAGGACAUGGAUCCCAAAGGAGCAAGAGGUACCAGGAAGCACCGCUGAUCUGCACAGACCCCCUGUGCCUGCUGCUGCCCCACAGUGAACAGGACAUGGAUCCCAAAGGAGCAAGAGGUACCAGGAAGCACCGCUGAUCUGCACAGACCCCCUGUGCCUGCUGCUGCCCCACAGUGAACAGGGAGCUGCUGAGAUGCUGCAUGGUCCAUCCGUGGAUUCUCCAAGCACUGACUCCCGUCCACUCUGACCACAGCCAGGGACCACAUUCCACUGCCUGCCCAGUGUCCAUCCAUGGAGGUGACCACCGUGUCCCCAUCUCCUGCCUCACCCACUGAAGGGGACGAUCUCUGUGAGACAGAUGUCACCAAUGACAUACGCAGUGUGGCACUGCUCUUCUGCCUCUGUGGGCUGGCUGGGAACGGAACUGUCAUCUACUUCCUCAGCCUGAAAAUCCGUUACACCGGCAUCUUUAACCUGGCUGUUGCCGACUUCCUCUUCCUUCUGUUCAUGGUCCCCUGUGCUCUCCUCUUCCUGGUGGAGGACAUGUCCUGCUCUCCUAUUGUGCCUUUGAUGUACCUGAGCUUCCUUUUCCAGCUGUCAGUGGUCUCCUACCUGUGGGGGCUGUUCCAGCUGAUCCUCAUCAGCAAUGUUGCCAGUUUGUACAAGGUAUUACAGUUCUGCUGCCGCAAUAACCUUCCUCUGCGUCUGUUGAUGGUGGUUGCCAGUGUCCAAGGCUGGACCUUCUUUACUCUCUUCACUGUCAUUCCCUUGGUGACUUCCCUGUGCCCAUCAUACCAGCAGGAGCAGUGCAGGGCAUCUCUCAUCUCCAUGUACAUCGUCAUCCUGCUCCUGUUUCUUGCACCCGCAGUCAUUUCCCACACAAUCGACAUCAUCAGGGCCAAACGUGGCUCCAGGAAGCAGCAACUCAAGAGGCGACACAUCGUUAUCUUCAUCAUUGUGCUCUUCACUCUCCUCCUCAUCUUCUGCAAUUUCCUACAGCAGCUCGGAUAUUUCCCUGUGUCCUCCGAGGUUUUUUUCCUGCUCACCUGCAUCCACAGCAGAAUCAAACCCUUCAUCUACUUCUUGGCAGGGAAGUGCUCAAGUCCCUGCUCCGUGGAGUCUCUCCAGCUCUCCCUCCAUAAGGUUUUUGAGCAGCAAAAAGAUUAAACUGUGUGCAGCAAUGAUGUCAACACAGACACAGUGAUCUGAGCCUGUUGAUCCCUUGCACUGCUCUGCUGAAGGACCUCGGCACAGCUUUCCUGGAGUCACCUGAUGAAUAAAUAUCCACAGCAUCACCCUCCCUGUGCUGGUGCACUCCUGCAGGAGAAGGGAGCAGGGGCAUUGCCAGGGGCAAUGUGGGAGGGAUGCUUUGCCAUGGAGCACAUUGGAGCAUGGCUUUCCUCCUCCCUGCCCUGCCCACAUGGCUCCAGGCAGUGCAGCUGGGCUCAGUGCUGUUCCCCAGCUCUAUUCCCCAUGGAAUGACCCUCAUUGCCUGCGCCCCAGGGAAUGAACUCCAUCUCCUUUGGCUACCCACAUGAGUUUCAUGGUGUUUUGAGGGAUCUCCUG